UGUAAAAAGUAAGUACAACGCGAAACACCUGGAAGAGAAAAUAUUCGGUUUUACACAAGAGACCAGCAAUGGUGAUUAUGAUUGGUACAAUUUCUUUCCUUGAUGAAAAAUCAUUGUGGUAACGUUAGUGUUGGUUUUCACCUUUGCAUGAAGAACUACGAAAGACGUGAAGACAGUGUUUCUUCCGAAUCUGGUUAAGAUGAGUGUGCUGGACGAUCUGACUGACAUACUUCACAUUCAGAGUCCAUUGCUAUAUUUAUUUGAAGGAGAGUUAAUACGUAUUAGCAGAACUAUAGCGGAAGUUCGGUAUGUACGCUUUCUCACCGGCUUUGGAGAAUUAUAUGGUCUUUACAGUCACAGUCGAGGACCUGUUGUACAUCUUGCCUCGCUGAAGAAACUUGACCAAGCGCAAUUGAAGGUGGCCUUGUCGAGAAGGUGCGUUGAAACGGAAAAUGAGUACAGUUUGAGUGUACUGGGUGCAUGGUUUGCAGUUCAAAAUCUUGACAUAUCACCUCGUCAUCUUAUUCAAAGUAUGGCUGACACAUUAAGUGAAAACGAAAGUACUGUUUGUGUCGUUGUUAAAGGGGCACAAGUUACAUAUGAUUUUGAAGACAUGAGCAAAAAUACCCACGCUUUCUUCUUGAUGGAAGGUAAGAUCUUUAAGAUGGAUAUAAAAAUCAUAAGACGAGAAAGUCCGUUUCAACUUGAUUGUGAUUUUACUAAAAGUUUCUCGUCAGGCGGAUAUGUUGCAAGUGAGCUUGACGAAAUCCGUUCAAAUAAACGUGGAUACCAUGAGUAUGGAACUGAGAUGGUUGACAUGUCUGGAAAGUCGAAAGCUGAAACCAUAACAUCAAAUUCUGAGCAUUCAUUUGACCCUAGUGUUGAUGGCCUUCCGGAGUCGAAAAUUGAAAGUGAAAAUUUGCAUUGCAACGACAUGUUAGGUGAAACUAAGGAAGACAGCGAUGCUGAAGAAUCUGCGCCAGAUUCAUUGUCAAAGAAACACGAUUUGAUCCCAGAAGAGAGCAAUAUAGCUGAGACUUUGAAAAGAGGAGAAAACGAAGAGGUUUCUUUAUCCCAAAACGGUCCAAAUGAGAAAGACGUGAAGACAGUGUUUCUUCCGAAUCUGGUUAAGAUGAGUGUACUGGACGAUCUGACUGACAUACUUCACAUUCAGAGUCCAUUGCUAUAUUUAUUUGAAGGAGAGUUAAUACGUAUUAGCAGAACUAUUGCGGAGGUUCGGUAUGAACGCUUUCUCACCGUUUUCGGAGAAUUAUAUGGUCUUUACAGUCACAGUCGAGGACCUGUUGUACAUCUUGCCUCGCUGAAGAAACUUGACCAAGCGCAAUUGAAGGUGGCCUUGGCUAGCAGGCGCGUUGAAACGGAAAAUGAGUACAGUUUGAGUGUACUGGGUGCAUGGUUUGCAGUUCAAAAUCUUGACAUAUCACCUCGUCAUCUUAUUCAAAGUAUGGCUGACACAUUAAGUGAAAACGAAAGUACAGUUUGUGUCGUUGUUAAAGGGGCACAAGUUAUAUAUGAUUUUGAAGACAUGAGCAAAAAUACCCACGCUUUCUUCUUGAUGGAUGGUAAGAUCUUUAAGAUGGAUAUAAAAAUCAUAAGACGAGAAAGUCCGUUUCAACUUGAUUGUGAUUUUACUAAAAGUUUCUCGUCAGGCGGAUAUGUUGAGUCGAAAAAUGAAAGUGAAAAUUUGCAUUGCAACGACAUGUUGGGUGAAACUAAGGAAGACAUCGAUGCUGAAGAAUCUGCGCCAGAUUCAUUGUCAACGAAAGACGAUUUGAUCCCAGAAAAGAGCAAGGUUUCUUCAGCCCAAAGCGGUCCAAAUGACGAGGUUUGGGUCAAUAUAGUUUGUGAAAAAAGUUUUGACAGUUGGGCUGUGGUUGAAACAGAUUCUACAACUAAAAGGAAUGCUCGUGCAGAAACUUUCCAACAACCGAACGAAAAUGCGAGUUUAGAGAACGGAGAAAUAAAUUCGACCGAUGCAAAAGUAGGGAGUGCCAUUGGUUUGAAAAAUGAGGCAGGAUUAGUAUCGGAUGUCCUGCCAGGAAAUAAUGAAAGAACCGAUAUGGAAAGUCAGGACAUGAAUCAUUUGCCUGUGGCUGUGGGGAACUCCAUCAAAGACGAUAAGAUUGAAAAUGCAACAAAAUGCCAUUACGAGAGAGAAAGCGCUCAUGCAAACGAUGACAAUGGAGGCAAUGAAAAUGAAUCUUCAUAUAAUACACACCUUUGACAAAUAUACACAUUGGCU